CACCUUAUCAUUAUUAGAUGCCAACUUUGACUAUCAAGUUUCGUAAACAAUCUUGGACUUUUUUAUCCUGGCUCUUAGUUUUAACUAAGUUAGUUUUAAAAUUGUCGUUAUUUCUGGAUGACUGGUAUGGCGAUUUUAACCUAUUUGGUCUUUUUAGGUGUGAGUUUAUGUUUUUUAUCGCGUGACACUAAAUGUGAAGCUCAAACACAACCAGAACAGAUUCACAUAUCUUAUGGAGCUGAUCCAACUCAGAUGAUAGUGACAUGGGUGACAAUGAAUCCUACAAAUACAAGCAUGGUAGAAUAUGGAAAAAUAAAGCUAACCCAAGUUGCCAAGGGAAACAGCAUCCUGUUUACUGAUGGUGGACCUCAAAUGCGACAACUAUAUAUUCACAGAGUUAUUCUUGAUAAGUUGAAACCAGGAAAAACAUACCGAUAUCAUUGUGGGAGUGCAGAUGGUUGGAGUGCAGUCUAUUGGUUUACAGCAAUGAAGGAAGGUACUAACUGGAGUCCUCGUUUUGCUGUAUUUGGUGACCUUGGAAAUGUCAAUGCCCAGUCACUCCCACGACUUCAGAGGGAAGUUCAGCAGGGAAUGUAUGAUGUCGUGCUUCAUGUUGGUGAUUUUGCUUAUAACCUGGAUAGUAAUGAUGCUAAAGUAGGAGAUCAGUUCAUGAGACAGGUGGAACCAAUUGCAGCAUAUGUUCCUUACAUGACUUGUGUGGGAAACCAUGAACAAGCUUAUAACUUUUCUAAUUACGUAAACCGGUUUUCCAUGGUGGAGAAAACGGGAAAGCUGAAUAACCAUUUUUACAGUUUUGACAUUGGACCAGCACACAUCAUUGCAUUCUCAACUGAAUUCUACUAUUUUGUUCAGUAUGGUUGGAAGCAGAUUGUGGAACAAUACAAAUGGUUAGAAAAAGAACUGAAGGAAGCCAACAAGCCAUGGAACAGAGCAGCUAGACCUUGGAUCAUCACUAUGGGACACAGACCAAUGUACUGUAGUACAGAUGAUGGAGAUGACUGUACCCAUAAAGAGAGCAUUAUCCGCAAAGGAAUUCCAGUAAUUCGUGCUUUUGGACUGGAGGAUCUGUUCUACAAAUAUGGUGUUGACUUGGAACUGUGGGCUCAUGAGCAUGUUUAUGAACGGUUAUGGCCUGUCUAUGACAGAAAGGUGUACAAUGGAAGCUAUCAAUAUCCUUACACCAACCCAAAAGCACCAGUUCAUAUCAUCACUGGAUCAGCUGGCUGCCACGAAUACCAUGAUCCUUUUGUAGCUAAUCCAGCUGAAUGGAGCGCCUUGAGAAACAGUGACUAUGGCUAUACUCGAAUGACAAUUAUUAAUGGUACCCAUCUUUACCUAGAACAAGUCUCUGAUGACAAGGAUGGGGAAGUAAUUGAUUGGAUGACUUUAAUCAAAGAAAAACAUGGACCAGAAGCUUGGAAGUGAUAUUUUAAAC